ACUAGCCACAUGUCCAGCUUGUGUGUUUAUAUACACCCGUCUUUGGCUCGCUUUAGUAUAUCAUUCUGAUACGCCAUGGCGAAAGCAACAGAGCAGAAGAAAAACUCUAUAACAGUGGGAGAGACGAAGCUUGACAUACGCGAUGUGGUCACCACAACAUACGACGAGGAUAACCGUCACGGAGGCACACGCAAUGACGUGGCAAUGGUUGUGCUACGAGCCAUGUGCAUGGCCCUAUCAGCUGUGUCUUUGUUGUUAAUGGUGACAGCCUGUGAGACUAGCAUGACAACUCUCUACGGUUUCGAGUUUCAGCUCCACGCCGUUUGGUCUCUCUCAGAUUCCCUCAUAUAUCUAGUGGUGGUUACAUCAGCGACGGUUAUUUACUCAUUACUGCAACUUGUUUUAAGUGGGACCAGACUAAUGAGAAAAACACAUGUUGUUCCGACAAGAACACAAGCAUGGUUUUGUUUCGUUGCAGAUCAGAUACUGGGAUGCGCGAUGGUGAGUGGAGGAUCAGCGGCUUUAGGAGUGACGAAUAUGAACAGAACAGGAAUCAGACACAUGCCUCUUCCAAAUUUCUGCAAGUCUCUUGGUUUCUUCUGUGACCAUCUCGCAAUCUCCGUCGUCUUCGCCUUGUUCGCGUUUCUCCUCCUCGCCGCUUCUUCUAUUCUCGACGUUCUCCGUCUCUCAGGCGACUGCUAGAGAAUUAUUACUGUUUUACCCUUUAGCGUCUGAUGUUUUUACGAGUGUUUUCUUUUUGAUAUUUUUGUUUGUUUUUUGGUUGAUGUCAGUGAAUCUUCCAGUUCCAACGUUUUGAAUUUUGUUGACUAAGUCCUAUAUAAACGACAAAAACGCUUCAAAGAAAAACUUUAUUACCUUUCUUGGUAACUUCGACACACAGUCACACUCUCUUGGUAUAUAUAGCAAAUGAACAACAGAACACACAUGUAGAGUUUUCAUAUGGAAGGCUCAUGAAUGGAAUCGAAUAUUCCUAAGACUCUGCUUAAUGAUGAUCCCCAAACUUCUACGUUAAACGAUUCAUUAAGUAUUGUUAUUACUAUGUCAUAAAAGUGUCACGUUCUUUUUUUAAGUAUCGAUAUUUAACCAUACAACUAACUAUUUAGAUAAAAAAAUAAAACGUAACCAAAUAGCCUUCCAUUAAAUGAUAUUCAUACAGAUUGGAUAAACAAUUACAACGAAACGGGACCAAACUCCAAACAAAGCAACAUAUCAAUCGAGAGACAAAGAAAUCAUACACAGAAAUAUAAAUCAAGAAUCAUCGCAUUUUAUAUGCUUAGAAGUCAGAUGCAAGAGGCACAUGUUCGGAAGAUGACAUGAAAACAUUUCCGUAGAUAAGUCCAGCGAGUCCACCACCGAUGAGUGGUCCCACCCA